GCCCCGUCCCUCCUCCUUCCCCCCUUGUAUGCACGCAUGUAUAUAUGUGUGUGUGUGCCUUCUGCUCCUCCUCCUCCUCCUCCUCCUCUCCUGCUUCACCGGAUUGGUGUGCCGUGGGUGCAGACGCGAUCUCGACCCAAGUUGCGGUAGGUAGCCAUGUCACAUUUUGAUGUAGGUACCCUCUCCUCGGCUCUGCCCCUGCUGCACCUAGCAUGUACCUUACCCUCCGACCACCUCAUUCCCUUCGUCGCCAUACUUUUUUUUUGUCCCUUUUCCCUUUCUUUCUCUCUGCUACCCUUCCUUUCCUAUCAUGUACCUUAUUCUACGGGGUGGGCGCCCCGUCCAUUUUCCUCAACGUCAAGCACCACCUUAAAAAGAGAAAGGCAAGGCAAGGGAAAGAAAAACAAGGGACCAAUUUCACUCACUCGUACAUAAUUUUUUCCUCACCUCCCCUCCACCCCUCCCCUUCCCUCGUACGGAUACAGGCAAACUUCUUGCACACUGUCCAGAGUAUAUUAAAGUCGGCUGGCGUCCCGUCCCAUGUUCCAUCGUCGACGUUUCUUUCGCUCGUCAUAUCCCGUGCUCUGACAAGCCCUGGACCGAGAACCCUUAUUCCGUUGGGUGCUGUCAUUGCUUCUCCGACUCCAUCUCCAUGCAGGUCUGGCUCCGCAUGUGGUCCUGCUCCUCCCUCUCCUCCCCGUCCCGCAUGUCUUCCUUGCCUGAUCAGCGUCAGAUCUGUGCCUCCAACCGACCUUCUUUCAAAUUCUCUGCCAACCUCCGAGUCGACCCUGAGACAGAAGACACAGAAGACACAACAUCGCAACCAAAUCUUGCAACCUCGUCGGACGCCGUGUUAUUAGACACAAUCACGUACGAGGUUGCAUCGUCCGGCUGCCCUGUUGUCCUUUCCAUCUGAAGCUCUCUUACUCGCCCUCGACGCUCUCCUCCCGUCGCCCAACAGUGGUUGCCGUCCCUUUUCUCCGGCUACUGCCUUGCCGCUCUCCGCUUCUAUCAGCGUCUGAUACCGCAAGAACGCGGCCGCCAGCACCCAAUUCGCCGUCAUCGCCGACGACGAGGGCCAAUUUUCCGGAUAAGGCGCCUGCUCUCGCAGCAGCCUUUCUUCCUCCUGUCGAGGACUCAUGGCAUACCACCACUCGAGCGGCUCAUCCGCAGCCUCGGGCUUUGAGUAUGCACAGCCGUUCCAACAGUCCCAAUUCGACAUCUUUGAAUGGUAUCCAAAGUUCCAAUCAUGCCUCCGCUAUUUCUUGGAUCAUGCCCAGUACACCGGGCCCAUUCAGGCUGUGGCAGCCUUUGUCAACAUUCAACUCCCGUUUCAAAAGGCCCACAACCCGGUAUUGUCCUCCAAACACACCGGUCCCAACUCCCCCGCCGGGCCCGGGCCCUCGACCCCGUCCACGGCUCGAGCCGCCGGCAAGAUGCCAAUGAACGCCCAAUUGCCGUCUUCUACGCAUGCAACGCUGACGCCGUACAUUCGGCGCUUGGUGGUGACCGGUUUCGAUUAUCCCGCCGUGUUAUACGGCUUCUUCGGUGACGAUUGGCUCGGCGGCAUCGGCCCAAUGCACGAAGCUGAGCGCCGCAACUACAUGUUUGCCGCCAAGAGCGACACCUGGCUCAAGGUGAAGUCGCACUACGACAUGGACGGCGAGCAGCAAGUUCCCUUCCUCCGACCUUUAUCGAAUGUCACCGAAAAGGAAAUCCAGAGUGCCGAGACCCAAUGGAGUGAGUGGCUCGCCAUGCAAGAUUGGAUGUUGGGUCCACGGGCCCCGGACCAGGACCAGGACCAGGAAGUAAGGAUCAAGCAGGAGGACGACUAGAAUCCAGGCCGAAGUCAUGCCACGCUUUUACGCUUAGAAUGGCGGCGGCGGUGGCGGCAACAGAAGAGGAGGCAUUUUGCAUUUCGCAGGACAGCAUUCGGCGUUAUUUUCUUCCCCCCUUCGGUUCUACAAACGGCGGUACGAAUACACAUGCAGGCGCAGGAAGAGCUGUACGAUGUCGAGAGGCGAGAGAGCAAACGGUUUCUGGGAGUAAGAAGAGGACGGCGUUCGCAUCCUUCCGCCUCACUUGUCAAGAUCUCAUUCAAGCUGCUGUAGGAUAUGCAGCAUGUGGUGCUCGGUACCAGACUUUUGUUUUGCUUUUUUCCGGCGGCGGCAUAUUCUCAUGAUUCCCUUCCUCCUUUGGAUAGAGGCGCGCGUACAAUGGCGGUCGGGCGGGGGUAACGUCAUUUAGCCAUGGUGAUCUCAAAUCUUUUUUUCCGUUUAACGACUUUUUUUUCUACUUAACGAUACGAUAAUGC